GCGAAUUAUCAUGUUGCUAAGGAGAUUUAUAUCAGCUUCGAUUCAAAACUAUCGCCAUAUUGCGUACGUACAGGGACAAUCACCGGCACCAAAGAUACGUGAAUAUUUCUACUAUAUCGAUCACGAAGGAAUGCUCUUUCUAGAUGAUGCAAGGAUAAAAAAUUUCACCUCUUGCUUCAAGGAGAAGCAAUUUCUGGAAUUUUUCUUUAAACGCUUGAAGCUAAACGAUACGGACCGUUAUCAGGACGAGUUUCCGUUUCUGUCCGUUUGCGGUCGUGAGAGAAAUUUCAUCCGCUGUGACGAUCUACCGAUCGUUUAUACACAUAUUAUUCAAAAUGAUAACGAGGAUCGAUUAGCUUACGCACAUGCCAGCGAUAAAAUGAGUGUACCAUGGCAACCAGAUCGCAUCUGCAUGUUUCCGGACACUGGACGGGUGUAUCAUCCGGCACCGGAGCGGUACGGUGCGAUAGGAUUGAUCCGUUCCAAGCUUGCCAUCGAACUGAGCUCUUCGUUUACAUUCCAAAAUGGGGAAGAUCGUCCACCGACACACUUCCGGUGGAAGGAGAAAGAUUACGAGCUCGAUCAGGACUGGUGGAAGCAGACGUACAUAAGCCAGCGAUCCGCUUGUUAA